GCCCUUCAAGAAGCUUUGUUGUUGCUGUUUCACUCGGAGCGGGGUCAUGGAGAUGCAAGCAUCAAAGAGUUGUUUCAAACAAAUUACGCCGAGGAGAAGUUCAGUCUGUGGUAUAAGCUGAUUUAGUAGUUCCGGACACAAAGAACAAAAACGAAAGAUUUGCAUUUUUUGCCGGGACAGAAUUCAGCUUCAAAGAAGAUGCGAAACACUUGAGGUAUGCUGUACUGAUUUCUUAGAAAUUCUCACCUAUUGUUGUUGUAGAUCUUACUGUUUGAAUUUUUCUCAUACAAUAAAACAAAAAUUCAAACAUUGCUGCAUCUCUAAUGACUCUCUAAUUACUCAAGCCAGAACAAAG